CAUCAUAUCAACGAAGCACGACGUAGCGACGUCAACGUAAUGAGACAGCGUCCUUAUAAACGUAACAUCCCCGGAUGUCGGUCUUUUUUUCAUAGCUAAGAUGGCAGAAGGAGACAAGAAGAAGUCUGCCAAGAAGAAGCACGGGAGCCGGAACCCGGUUCUGGCCCGGGGAAUCGGCCGCUAUUCCCGUUCUGCUAUGUACGCCCGCCGGGCAAUGUACAAGAGGAAGUCCAAGACCACUGAGACCAAGAUUGAGAAAAAGAUCAAAGAAAAACCCAAGGCCACAGUUGUGAAGACUGUCGGAGGAGACAAGAAUGGAGGCACCCGUGUUGUAAAGCUGCGCAAGAUGCCCCGCUACUAUCCCACAGAGGACGUUCCCCGUAAACUGAGGAGCCAUGGGAAGAAACCCUUCAGCCAGCACAAGAGGAAGCUGCGCGCCUCCAUCACACCUGGAACCGUCCUCAUCCUGCUGACCGGGCGCCACCGCGGAAAGCGCGUGGUGUUCCUGAAGCAGCUCUCCAGUGGUCUCCUGCUUGUCACCGGCCCUCUUGCCUUGAACAGAGUCCCCCUGCGAAGGGCUCACCAGAAAUUCGUCAUCGCCACCACCACCAAGAUCGACAUCUCUGGGAUGAAGAUCCCCAAAACCCUCAACGACACUUACUUCAAGAAGAAGAGGCUGAGGAAACCCCGUCACCAGGAGGGGGAGAUCUUCGAUACAGAGAAGGAGAAGUACCAGCUGACGGAGCAGAGGAAGGAGGACCAGAAGGCGGUUGAUGCUCAGCUGCUGCCCCUCAUCAAGAAGGAGCCUCAGCUGAAAGGAUACCUGCGCUCCACCUUCGCCCUGACUAAUGGCGUUUUCCCUCACAAGCUGGUUUUCUAAAUAUGUAAUAAAAAGUUACCGUCUA